AUGCUUCGUUUCCUCAACUUAUACGGCUCUGGCGCGUCCGAGGCUGAGUCUCCCUGCUCCUGCUGCUUCCACCGUGUGCUUGGCACCGGAGGGAAAGCGGCCCUCGGCAUCGUGAGCGCAAAGGACUUCCAACGCGACUUGCUUCAGCAACUGCCCAAAUCCAUUCCCUUGGCAGCACCAGAGUGGCAGGGGGGAGGUGGGUCCCUGGAGGGUGAGAACAGAAACCACGCGACAAAAGGUGUAGCAGAAGUAGUGGCAGAGGAGGGGGCGGGAGUAGCAGCUACGGGAACAGCAGUGAUUGGAGCAGCAGGCGAGGGAGAAAACGUAGCGGCAGAGAAAGGGAAGGGAGCGGCAGAGAUGGGGGCGGCAGGAGGCUUUAAUGAUAACAAGUGGAAACGCGCCCCUUACUUGUGUGCGAAAGCCAUGAUUCUCGAGUGGAUGGCUGAGCCUCGUGUGGGCGUGCUCAUGGACCUGGGGAGGAUCAGAUCCUGUUUGCCUGCAAUCAUCUCCGCUACAGUUGCUCCUGCUUGCUGCUGGCGCUGCAGCAGCUGCUGGGCCUCCUAUCGGCACGCUGUGUCCCUCUGCGCCUUCCUUGUGCUUGUAGCGAAUUCUCAUCGCUUUGUGAUUCUAUGGAGGGCCCAGCUGGCCUCCCUUACAGGCCUCUUCGCUCCUAUUGUGGAGGAGCUAGGGGCACACAGGCAGGGGGAGGAAGAUAGCUUGGCGUCGGUGCUGGUGCAGGUGCUGGGAGUGAAGGGAGGAGAGGAGAUGAAAGACGGGCUUAAAGCCCAUGUGCUGCCGCUGCUGCCUGGUGGUGCGGAGGCACACAGAGGGAGCGAGGGUGGAGCAGGGGAGGAUAGAGGAAAGGGCGGAAUAGCAGAUGGUGGGAGAAAAAGGAGGAAUGGGGGAAAGCGGGAGUCUGGGAGAAAAGGUGGAAGACGUGGGGGAAAAGGUGAUAGUGGUGGUGCCGGCCUUAGUGGGGAGUGGAGGCAGGGGCUGGAGGGUCCUGUGUGGAACAGCAGCAGCGGUAUUCCCAAGGGCAUGCUUGAGAGUGGCAUUGACGCCACUGACUUCGCCCUUGCCGUUGCUACAGUGCUCUCCAAUCCCAAAUUCUCCAUGGAGGCUUGCCGGAUAUUCUUCACAGAUGCUAAUAACGAGUACAGAGUGAAGCUGGAGAAUUCUGCAGCUGAGGCUGCCAGGAAGAAAGUAGGCAUGGCUGCAGAAAGAGAAAGAGGGGGUGCUGACACAACAAAGAGCCGUGGAGCUGAAAUUGGUGUGAGACAUACUGUGAAGGAUGGCUGGGAGGCGGUAACCGCAACCAGUAACACGCUCGUGACUGUGCUGACAUGGAGGGUGAGCUGCAUUCUUAUGUGGGUCCGAACCUACAGGCCGAACCUGCAAUCUCCGAAGGCAUGCGCACUCCAAACCUGCAUCAAGCCAAAUGAGGAUCUCCCAGCCCUCCGCCACCCGUUCCGGGAUGUCCCAAGCCUGCUGAUCAGGUCCGGCUCCAUGCCGGAGCCCUUGGUUCGGCGGGGCUUCUCCUGGGAGUGGGAAGAGAUGCCCGCUGGCGAUGAAGCUGCUAUAAAGCUUGCUGAUGACGUGGAGGGAAGGAUUCUAUAUAAGAAUAUCCUGAAGGAGUGCCACCUCCGGCACGCCGCUGCCAUCAACUACGUCGCCCUGCUCGCCUCCUUCGCCUACCGCCCCAUCUCCACCCUCAUCCACCGCUUCCUCUUCCUCUUCCCCCCCGACCAAACCAAAGAGGCGUACAUGCUUCUCCGCAUGUUCAUGCCGUCAGGGCAAGAGGAGAGGGUGAACUGGCGGCAUGUGAGAGGACACUUGGAACGGUUCGCGGAGGAAAAGGAGAUGGGGACGUUGACGCAUGCGUGUACGAUGAUAGCAUGGAUGUGGGCCAAAGAGGAGGAGACAAAUCCAGGGCGGUUUGCACGACUGGCAGCUCAGGAGGGUGCGGAGCAGGGGAAGGGUGGGGUGAGCAAGUGGAGGCAGUUGGAUAGCGAGAUGUGGGAGGAGGUUCGGGCAUGGCGGCAUGCUGCCAAGGCUGCAUGGCCCGGGGACAAGAGGAACUGGAUGGGAGAGCUGCGGGAUGAGUGCACGGGUGGCAGAAAAAGGACGAACCAGGCGCAGGUUGCUUUUGAGAAUUCUCGAAAAACAACCUGCAGCAGAGAGCACUCUCAAGAAGCUCACAUGCUGCCCAGAGGGCCUGGUGAGGACCUUUGCUUAACAAUGGCAGUUUGUGAUCACGUGGAUGCUUCUGAAUGGAAGUCUGCUGCUGCUCUUCUUCAAAAAUGA